UCUGAGAAACUCAAACUCUUCUGUCUGGACCAUCAGCAGCCGGUGUGUGUCGUCUGCAGAGACUCAAAAACACACAACAACCACAGAUUCAGACCCAUCGAUGAAGCUGCACAGGAGUUCAAAGAAGAGCUGCAGAAAUCCUUGAAGCCCUUACAGGAGAAACUGAAGCUGUUCGAACAAGUGAAAGGAAACUGUGAUCAAACAGCAGAGCACAUUAAGAUCCAGGCUCAACGCACAGAGACGCAGAUUAAGGAGCAGUUUAGGAAGCUUCACCAGUUUCUACACGAGGAAGAGGAGGCCAGGAUCUCCGCUCUGAGGGAGGAGGAGCAGCAGAAGAGUCGGAGGAUGAAGGAGAAGCUGGAGGCUCUGAGCAGAGAGAUAGCAGCUCUUUCAGACACAGUCAGAGACACAGAGGACGAGCUGAGAGCAGAGGACAUCUCCUUCCUGCUCAACUACAAGGCUGCAGUGGACAGAGUCCAGCAGCGCCCCCUGCUGGAGGAUCCACAGCUGCUCUCAGGAGCUCUGAUAGACGAGGCCAAACACCUGGGAAACCUGUCCUUCAACAUCUGGAGCAAGAUGAAGAGGAUGGUCUCCUACAGUCCUGUGAUUCUGGACCCAAACUCUGCUCAUCCAAACCUUGUCCUGACUAACAAUCUGACCAGAUUGAGACGAAGACAGAGACAGAAGCUUCCUAAAAACCCAGAGAGGUUUGGAAACUUUUACUCUGUUCUGGGCUCCGAGGGUUUUAACUCUGGGACUCACAGCUGGGACGUUGAGGUUGGAGACAACACUUGCUGGUUUUUGGGUGUGGCAGCCGAGUCUGUCCAGAGGACAGGAUGGCUGAAAGCUGGAUUCUGGAGGAUAGGGUUCGAAGACGGUGAGUACUCAGUGCUCUCACUGCCAGGAUUACCCAUCAGUCUGAGUUUAACAAAGAAGCUCCAGAGGAUCAGAGUGAAUCUGGACUGGGACAGAGGACAGCUGUCGUUCUCUGAUCCUGAUACUAACACACACAUACACACCUUCACACACACUUUCUCUGAGAGACUGUUUCCAUACUUCAGCACUUAUUUUCAGCUCCCACUGAGGAUCAUACCAGUUAAGGUCUAGUCUAUGCCUGCUGUUAAUAGAAGUAGCGUGUUUAAUCCUUAGGGGGUCAGGUGGUCUCUCAGUCAUGU